AACAAAACGUAGUGCACCAUUACUACUGUUUUGCAUUUUCGAUAACGAAAGCAAAGCUCUUGGUUUGCGUUUUAAUUAGUAAGUAGGAGUAUUUUGUCUCGAGGGACGUCACUUUUAUGUGUGCCAGGAUACAAAGCAGAGCCAAUGGUCUGACAUAAACCAGCAGAGAUGCUGUUCAAAGAUCUUCCCAGAGAGGCCCUGAUGCGGCCGUUGUCCAGGAAUGAAGUGGUGGGCAUGUUGGUGAGGUUGACCAUCUUUGGUGCAGCCACAUACUACAGUAUCAAAUGGGUUAUAGAAGCUAUGGAUCCUACCUACAAACAGAAAAACCAAGCUAAGAAAAGGGCAGAACAGCUGAUGAAGAGGAUUGGUGUGGAGGGGGUCAAACUAACAGAGUAUGAGAUGAACAUUGCAUCUCACCUAGUCGAUCCACAAACAAUGAAGGUGUCCUGGAGAGAUAUAGCAGGCCUGGACGAGGUUAUCAAUGAGCUGCAAGACACUGUCAUCCUUCCCUUUCAGAAAAGACACCUUUUAGCUGGAUCCAAACUCUUUCAGCCUCCCAAAGGUGUUUUAUUAUUUGGUCCUCCAGGAUGUGGGAAGACCAUGAUCGCUAAGGCAACAGCCAAAGCCUCAGGGUGCAAGUUUAUCAACCUUCAGGCCUCCACUCUGACAGACAUGUGGUACGGCGAAUCACAGAAGCUGACUGCUGCAGUCUUCUCAUUGGCUGUGAAAAUCCAGCCCUGUAUCGUCUUCAUUGAUGAGAUUGAGUCAUUUCUAAGGAAUCGCUCCAGCCUAGACCACGAGGCCACAGCCAUGAUGAAGGCCCAGUUCAUGAGUCUGUGGGAUGGCAUGGACACGUCCUCAACCACCCAGGUGAUGGUGAUGGGAGCUACAAACAGGCCACAGGAUGUGGAUCCAGCCAUUCUGCGCAGAAUGCCUGCCACUUUCCAUGUUGGCCUCCCAAGCAUAAGACAAAGACAGGACAUCCUGCGGUUGAUAUUAGCAGGAGAAAACUUGAGCAAUGCUAUUAAUCUGAAGGAGAUUGCUGAGAAGACAGAUGGCUACUCUGGCAGUGACCUGCGAGAGCUUUGCCGCGAUGCCGCCAUGUACCGAGUCCGGGACUACGUCCGCAAGGAGCAGAUGAGGCAGAUCGCUCAGCAGCUCCAGGACUGCCAGGAGGAGGAGGAAAAACCUGUGGAUGAGGAGCGGUUGCGCCCAGUCACCCAGCUGGACCUCCUCUUCGGCCUGGACAAGAUGAAGGAAUCUAAGCGGGCCACAGCCUCCAUGUUGCCCAGUGUGUCAGAGGUUCCCCUGGACUAAACACCAACACCAGCGCAGUAUGCUCCAGCUCACCGAGCAGAGACUCCUCCCACAUGUGUGAGGUGCAGUUGGGCAAAGCCAACAGACAUCAAGAUAGCCAUAUUUUUCUUAAACUUGAUUUCUCCGGAAAGGUUGUUUUGACCAUGUUCAUUUUCAGCACAGCCCCACCACAUGUGUACAGUCACAAUACAUUCAGAAAUCUACAUUUUCCUCCUACCGACCACUGACAGCUCCACUGGAGAAAUUUAUAGUCGGUGCCUUGCUCAAGGGCGAAAUUUCAGUUUGUGUGGAAGAGGUGUAAGCAUUUUCCACAAACUCUAUGAAUCUUUCUGAAGUUACUACAAACUACUUUACUACCCCACUAUACAGUUUCAUAUACCACCCCACCACGACUUACACAUGAUCAUGACCGGGGGGGUUGAGUCAUUCAGUCUGAACUCCAGAUCGGUGUAGUCCUUUGACGUUUGCUGCUCGGUUUCUAAAUCAGCUAUCACUCCUAUCAUUCCUCUUUGAGCAAACACAUUUUCGAAUGACAAAGACUUUUAAAUCACUUUACAGUGAUGUUAUCCAAGCACUUUGGAGGAAAUGAUUCAGCUGAUCCUAGCGGUCUCAAGUCUCAUUACACUAUAAUCUCUGCAAAUGUUGUUGUAUGAUAGCAAAUUGUUCAGUAAUGCUUUUCAGUGAUAUCACACUUUCAAAUAACAAGGUGUCUAACAAAAAAUUGUUUCAUUUUCAGGGAUAUCAGUAUCCAUAUUCAGUCAUUAUGAAUGUAUUACUCGUUUUAAAUUAUAUACUGUAUUAUAUAUUCAAGUUUGAAUAUUCGAAAACGACUCCACCUCCGUUUCUUAGCUGUUUUCCUCUUAACCUGAAUCAUUGAUCUCUGCUUUUCAAAGUAAGAGAGGAUGCAUUUAGCCAGCAUGAGGUUGUACCAGCAGUAAUACGAUUCUCAUCAUGUCAUGAGUUACUGCUCCCAAGGAGCGCUAAUUCAAAGUGUUUCAUGUAAUAGUCAAAUCUAUGUCUGCAGUCCUGAGGUCAGCACUGCUGUGGAUGCUGUCAGGUCACAACAUGUGUACGACAAGGAAGAGAAAGAGCAGAGCAAAGUCAGCCACAGGUGAAAUAACAUGUUGGCUGUCAUUGUCAAAGAGCUCAGAUAAACACCACUACAUCAUUCCACUGGGGGAGACCAUAGUCAUUGUACAUCGUGUCAGUAUUAGGCAUAAAAUCAAUCACAACACAAUGCAUUGGGUCUGACGUACCAAUAUCAAUGCAGCCCGUGUGCAGUUAUUUCCCAGAGCCGUCAGUUUAUCUGUGUAGACAAAAGCAGAUAAUGAAACAAAUAUUCACAUGUCAAGUGGAAACAGGGUCACCACUUAAACCCUUUAAUAGAAACCACAGCUGUAGUGAUCUGAGCCGGGUGCAGCAAUAAAACACACCAUUACAUCCUAUUAUCUCGAUAAUCAUUAUCCUACUACUAAAUGGCUGUAAAAAUAUACUUAACUGUUGUAUCACUGCUCCGCCGUCCCAGCUGUUAGCAGGUGUUUCAUGCGUGUUGUGCCGUAUGCAUGUGUGUGUAAACGUGGAAGCAAAAUAUUGGCUUAGAGUUAAGGCCAAGAUUUUGAAUGCAGCUGAAGUUUCUCUUUUAGUGCAUUUAAUGCUGCUGUGUAACUCAGAGUCUUCAGACCUUCAUAUUUUUUUUUUUAUCCCAGAAGACAAUAGUUGACACAUCUUCAUGUUAAAAUCUCACCGGUGUUUUUUUUGGAAACAAGUUUUUUAGUGUCAUAUUUAUUGUGCCAUUAUCAUUAUUGGCAAGUCCCUGUUGUUUUACUGGGAAUGUUUUUAUAAUGAACUUCUCUUGUCGUGUUACAUGCAUCAAUCAGUGACUGACAGCAGCGGCUGUCACCGCAACACACAUCAGGGUUACUUUUAUUUUCACUUUAUGGAGAGUACGACUUUAAAAUUCAAAUGCUUUCAAUCAGCUGUCAGUCUGAAGUUCUGCCUCUCGUCUGUAUAAAAAGCCUCAUUAUUUUACAUAUGAUCACAGCAUUUGCUCAGAGAUCUGUCAGUGGGUCACAAACAGACCUUUCUCCCAGGCAGUCAGAGCAAGCCAGGGCAUGUUUGUCAUUCAACCAGGACCAUGUGGUGGCACUGUAGCUUCACUAUCCUGUGACUGAGGCAGGUGUUACAGGCUAAGAUAUGGACUGCUUUUAUUUAGAGCAGUUUUAUAACAUUAUGGUUGAGACAAUGAAAUGGAGAACCCUGCAUACUGGAUUGUUUCAUUCAGUUAUAUUUAGACAUCUGUUGCUCUUCAUCAGAGCACCUCAGGUGACAGUUAAAGGUCAAGACUUUAGCCAUGUAAACCACUAAUUGUGUCACUGCAGCUUGCAGGUCCUCGUUACCUUCCAUGGAGAAAGGUAACACCCGUGUAAAAGCUUUUCCCUCCAUGCAAUCUCACUCGCCAGGUCGUUCACCGGUUAUGUGGCGGAGACUUCAUUCUAUGAAUACAGUCUCCAUAUGCAGUUACUGUAAAUGAUACUGUCAAUUAUGUGUGUGUGUGUGUGUGUUGAAUAUGAAAUGUUAUUGUAGAGUGUAUUUAUUAAAUCACACUGAAGAAAAUAA